AGAGAAUAUGGAAAGCUUGUUGGAGCAGCAAAGACGCUACCAUGAAGAGAGGGAGCGUCUUACUGAUGCUCUUGUUCAGGAAAGAUUGAUGACUAAAGCCGGACAUAAAGAAACCAUCAACAGUGAGCACAGGCAGCGACAUAUGCUGGAGAGGUAUGAUGAUACGACGAAUAAGCUACGCGAGAUAUACGAGGAUAAGGACGGAGAGAGGAAGAAAGAGGUUCAAGCACUCUCUGGACCUAAUGAGUUUACAGAGUUUUAUAACAGGUUGAAGCAGAUUAAAGAGUUCCACCGACGGCAUCCGGGGGAGAUCUCCGUCCCGAUGUCGGUGGAGUUCGAGGAGUUGAAGAAAAUCCGCGAAAACCCAGCUGACGAUCUAGCCAUGGUUCCGUUCAGUGAUGAGGAAGGAUAUGGAAAAUAUUUGGAUCUUCAUGAAUGCUACGAUAAGUUCAUUAACCUCAAGGGUGUAGAAAGGAUGGAUUAUAUUCAGUACAUCAAGAAUUUCGACGCUUUAGCAGAUAUACCCAAGGAGCGUAAGAAUGCUGAUUAUAAGAACUAUCUAUCUAUCCUAUCUGACUACCUCUACUCGUUCUUGAACCGAACUAAACCUCUGCUACGCCUUGACGAUGAACUUCUUGAUGCUAGCGCUGAUAUUGAUGGAAAACUUGAACGAGGAGAACUACCGGGUUGGGCUAAGGAGCAGCAAGGAGCAAUGGCUCACACUGGUGCACAUUUGGACCUCAGCGCGUUUAGUACACCAGAGGAACUAUCAUCUCUUGGUCUAGAUAGGUUGAAAUCUGGGUUGCUGGCUCUGGGUUUAAAGUGCGGAGGUACUCUGCAGGAGAGAGCUGAGAGAUUGUUUAUGACGAAGGGGAGAGAUGUUACCGAGUUACCUGCUGCUAUAUUUUCUAAACAGAAACCUGGAAAUAAGGCAGGAAGACCUGAUAACUCAAAACAUAGGGAGAUUGCCUGCCUGGAGUGUCAGAUCUACAGGAUGGCGGAGUUGAUCGGUGAGGUGAGGAACGACACGGUGGAGAACGUUGAGAGGAAGCAGGCUAGGACGGAGGGGGAGAGGGAGGAGAGCGAGGGAGAGAUAUCUGAGGAGGAGGAGGAUCCAGAUGAUGAUGAUGAUAUUCCAUACAACCCUAAGAACCUUCCUUUGGGCUGGGACGGGAAACCUAUUCCCUAUUGGCUCUACAAGCUGCACGGGCUGAAUAUAUCCUACAACUGCGAGAUCUGUGGUAACCAGACCUACAAGGGUCCCAAGGCGUUUCAGAGACAUUUUGCAGAAUGGAGACACGCGCAUGGAAUGAGAUGUCUUGGAAUACCUAAUACUGCACAUUUCGCCAACGUGACCCAGAUCGAGGACGCUAUGGCGCUGUGGGAGAAGCUGAAGGUUCAAAAGCAGGAGGAGGCCUGGAAACCAGAGAUGGAGGAAGAGUUUGAGGACAGCAAGGGAAACGUGGUAAACAAGAAAACCUACGAAGAUUUGAAAAGACAAGGUCUCCUGUAGUCAGACAAAGAUGAGGGGUAGGGUAUGUUCAAGCUGAAAACAACAAAUAUUCGAAACAAUUGUUCAGCAUUUAUUGAAUAAACAUCGCAAGAUACAAAUAAACGUUUUGGUAAACAAUG